UCGUAGCAGGUUCUGAUUAUCGAUCGAAUUCUGAGGCCGACAGACAGCGAGCGACUUGUUGGUGCAAGAUCCGAAGCGAUUGAAGCUCAAUUGCGAUCGAGCUGCGAUCGAAGUGCUGCCGUGUGAUGAGCCCAAAGUGAAGAAGGAAUGGCGGCGUCUGUAUCGAGUCGUCAGUUGUUUUCACAACUGAGGCUUCAGCUUCAGCUUCGCUCACCUCUCGCGCUGCAGCAGCACACGAAUUUUGUCCACUCUCGGGCGCCUUUGUUUGCCUCUUCAAGCAAGGAACAUGCAUCCUCCCUCUCAUCAUCAUCAUCCGAUGCGCCGCCGGAGUCUUCCUCGUCGUCUUGGUUGCAGAAGCUGAAGGGUUUGUGGGGUGGUAAGACGGAGGGCCCCUCCGAUCGACCUCAGCAGCAGCAACCAGCUUCCAGGUCUCCGCCCACCGUGUCGUCCGAGGAGCAAUUCGACCUCGCAACCUUCGCCGACCAAUUGAAGAAGGCGCGCCAGUUUGGCAAGCUGACGCAGUUUGGAAGAGGAUUGCCGAAAGGCGGCGAGGCCAUCGCUCAGCGAUCUCUUGAAAGGCAGGAAGAGAUCCUUCGAAAACUCGCAACGUACAGCCCUGAUGGACAGGCUGGAUUUGCAGGUGCAAUUCAAAAUAUAAGGAAAUUCGGGCUGUGCCGGGUUUGGGGUUCAGCGUCUCAGUGUUCAACAAAAGAGUGAAGUCGCGACACAAUGCAGUUGCACACUGCGCGAUGUGGAAGAUGUACUCGGCAAGUAUGAAUGGACCAGGGAAGCCAAUGAUCGCAUUAUGAAGCUCAAAGCCGAAGGCAAACCCCUGCCAAAAUCUUUGGACGAGAUAGAGAAAUUGAUGGGAGGACGAUGGAAACCAUCAGCCUCUGUUAACCUAUCGAAAGAAACCGGUGGUCAACAUAGUCGCAACUCCCCUUGCCCUUGUGGGUCAGGAAAGAAGUACAAAAGGUGCUGUGGAAAAGAUUGAGUCUCCAAAACGAUGUCUGGACGUAUGUCAAAAGUCAGGCAUUGUUUCAGGAUUACAGGUCCAGUAAUGGCAAAAGAGAAAGGAGUUUCACAAGUGGCAGAUACGAAGAGCACGUAGUAGAUCCAGGUUACACAACAAAAGUUUUUUAAAUAUUAUGUUCUGGAGGCUACUUCAUAACAGCAAGUGGGCACGGAGAGUUGUGUCCUUUUCGCCACUAUCCUCUUUGCACUAGUGACAAACUCUUUAGAUGGCAGAUCAGAACUCAGGACUAUCAUUGUCAGAUCUGAGUUUUGUUAGGUGAGGACAAUUAUUAUGAUGGUGACGCAAGGCAACUGCCUCAAUGUGCAGUUCGGGGCAAUUAGGAGACUUCAAUGCAUGUGAAUCCCGAUCAGUUCAGGCCGGUUCUGAGGUUGGUACAUUUGCUCUGAAUUGGCAAGGGAGCCAUUCUUGUUUCUAUUGAAAUCUAGUGGAAAGGGUCUGAAUGACGAUCACAAACACGUGCGGUUUCUUUGAGUGAAGGACAGUUCUAUUCCACAGCUUCCAGCACUGACUCAGCAGUCUGAAUCUAACAAUGAAACAUUUGUCACUAGAUCAGGGGCAGGUGAAGAGAAAGGUAUUUCUUUCUCUAGGUGCUAACUUUUAUGCCAAGUUAUACUGCAUCUUUAGGCUUCUCUUAGAGCGUAGACAUUGUGUGAUUCUCCGGAACUUCAUGUACAAUAUGCACAUAUGGAUUCAAGUUAUGACUC